AUGCCUUUCACGAUGCCUGAGAUGAGCGAUAGAUUUGAGAAAGAUGACACGGCUUCAAUAACCUCAGUACCGACCCCGACACAUUCCUCAAUCGAUGAUGGUUUCUGCAGAACCAUCGACAAUGCCGUGCCUGAGCCUGGAGGGAUAUUUAUCAUUCGCAAGCGAGGCUAUGGUAAAAUAAUUACCCUCGAAGAUGGUAUUUUGCAACUAAAGUCCUCUGUCAGCGAAAUUGGAGGGUGCCAUUGGAUUUGCGUUGAGAGGGAUGGCUGGCUUGGGUUUCGCAACUGCAUAUCGGGAACGUAUAUAGGACAUGAUGGAUGUGGAAAGUUCUAUGCCAAGGCCACUCGCCAUAAGGACUAUGAAUCUUUCUGCGUACGCAAACAUCCGGACGGGGACUAUCUGCUGUUGACAAGACACUGGAACAAACUUUGGAAGAUGGAUAUCAAGAGGAGUAGUGAUGGAUUGAACGAGCUGGUUGAGACGGAAACUGGAGGAACUACUUGGCAAUUUGUCAAGGUCAUCUAG